UAAAUAUUUUUUCACCAGUAUAAAAUGCAAUACGUAGAAAUAUAUUUAUUAUUCUGAGAUUUUCUUUCAAUCAAUAAAGUACUUCGAUAAUUAGUCCUUUCGUUCAAACAAUGUCCGCGGAUACUGCGUGUGGUUUCAUCGACAUGGACUCAUUUGAGGUCCAGAUUUACCUAGACGAUAGAUAUGGAAAACGGGGAAAAACAAUAUAUUUUAACAGACCGACUAUCUUAGCAGAUCCUACUUCGAAUAGAAUUGUGUCAGUUUCACCAUUGGCAAAGAAUGAAUACUCAAUUACAAGAGAAAAUACGGUGGAUGAAGCUCAAGAAAUAUGCUCAAAUUUGCUCAUUAUUAGGAAAGGCACGCAGUACAACAAACCUGAAAGUCGCAAAUUACGUCACGCCUCAUGGGACGUUUUAGAUGCAAUUGUAGCCCUCCGACUUGCACGUGGCUGGGCUGAAAUUAUGGAAAUCUAUCAUUCCCCAAGUGAUGAAUUUUAUUUCGGUCUGACUAAAAUCCUAGAUUCCAUCCCAAUUGGGACCACUUUCUGCCUAAAAUCAAAAUGCUUUGGAGAACUAAAACAAUCCCAGGUUUUUAGGAAAAAGCUUCGCAUGGUUUUUGAUAAUACGAAGGAGUCUCGUUACCUUUACGGCAUAUACAUCAUUGACCAAUUUAGACCCGAAAUACUUAAGGACACUGGAUUCUACUCCAGCGGUGCUGUUGCCGUAAAUAAAAUUCAAGCCAAGUUCGCCUGCGCUCUACAUAAACCAAACGGUUUAACUAUAAUGAAUAAGGCUGGAUUCGGACGGAAUUCUGGUACAAACUUUAUUCAACAACUCAAAGGUUUUGGUGGUGAUUUGGGUGGACGCAUCAUAGAAAAUAUUAACAAUGAUGACCCAGAAAUGACCAUAGCAAGAUUGCAACAGUCAAACGUGUCGGAACUAAUGUUCCACUUGGGCAUCACUGAAGCUGAGGCAGAAUCCGUUCACAAUCUUUGUCGAGGACAUUGUGAUGAGGACGUUGUCGAAAAAUUAAUGACCAAACAUGUGUCUGCUGGAAAAUCUAAUUUCGGCCGUCCAUCACUACAAAUUCAGUACUCGGGCCGCAUGAAGCGUGCAUUUUAUGACUUGUUUGAAGAACUUUGUGACAAAAUUGAAGAAGAUUUCCGAAGACAUAAUAGAACCGGAGAAGAAAUUCAAGUAUUUAUUGAUGUCGAGGACCCGGAUGAUGACUCCAGAUACAAUGAACUGGAGUUUCGAGUUCCUUACGAAUUAUUCAGUCAAUACAGGCCUUUGACUCAAAUGGCAUUCAAGAUUUUCAAGAUAAGUGCACUUGGUUGGUUUGGUAAAGUGGAAAAGAUAAAAUUACAAUUUACUCCAACCUUAAUUUACCAGUAACAUGUGCUUUCUCCAUAAAUUAUUCUUUACAUAAACAAGUACAGAAUUAUAAAUGUUUCAAACUGAAAAUAAUAAAACUUCGUAGAAAAUAAAA